AUGACUACACCGAUCGAAUUGCUUUACAAAUAUGAAAGAUUAUUAACAGCCUACUUGCAGUCCAACUCUUUCACGGCAAAUUUGUUGAUUACCCCAGUAUCAAAAUUCAUCACGGAAUCUUUGAUAAUUAUUUUCGUGAUCUUAUUGAGUUACGAAGUUAUAUAUUGGAGUGGAAUAUAUUUGAAGUUGUGGGACUAUCAUGCUAAGGAUAUAUUUGGAGACGUUCCAAUUCAUUGCUCCCAUGUUUAUAUUCGUUUAAAUAUAAUUGACCGUGAAAACAAAAAUGGAUUGGACACUUACUACCAUUUGAAAGCUACCAAGAAUAACUUUUACAACUGGAAACAGAUCAAUGAAUUAAGCAAAAAGAUUUUCAAAUUGGAUAAAUUCAUCAAGUAUUAUUUUGAGUUCAGUCCAGAGGAUUUUGAAAUGAACGAAGAGCCCGAGUUCGGCAGUACUAUUGAACAUUUGCGAAACAAAAUUUUACUGUUGGUUAUUGAAUCAGACUAUUUAAAACAAUUCAGUCAUGACGACUUGACCAUUGAGGAUGUCAAGGUUUACAAUAAUAAGUAUGAGGAAGUGGAAUCCAAAGAGAACAACAAUUAUUUAAGCAAGUGUAAUAUUGAAACCGGCAAUACAAUCGAUGUCGUUAUAGUUAUUUAG